AUGUACGGGCAUCAUGAGGGCAAGCACGGGAUCCUUACCUCAAGAGCGGCCUUUCAUCAGGACAGGCACCUGCUUCUUCAGGGGGCGAAUGCUCCAGGGGAUGCUGGGCUAGUGCUCUCGACUGACGCCAAGCCUAGACUGAAGUGGACCCAGGACCUCCAUGACCGUUUUAUAGAAGCAGUGAAUCAGCUAGGCGGAGCAGACAGUGAGUAGUCAACAUAACAGUGAAUCAGCUCUUCUUCUUCUUCUUCUUCUUCUUCUUCUUCUUCUGGUCUUAGAUGAUCUUACCUUUUCUUGUGGCUGUGGCUGUGGCUGAUUCGAGGGCUUCAUUCUGCAGAGGCAACCCCGAAGACAAUCAUGAAGCUGAUGGGCAUUCCAGGACUCACCUUGUACCACCUGAAGAGCCACCUCCAGGUACCCUCGGAGUUCCCUUUGUGCUCUAACCGAUGUUGAUCAUAAAUCGGAAGCUAAUCUACACCCCACCUCUCUCUCUCUCUCUCUCUCUCUCCAUCUCUAUCUAUCAUUGUCGGACACUCAGAAAUACAGGCUCAGCAAGAAUCUCCACACACAAGCAAACAGUGCGACCUGUAAGAAUGGUAAAUGAUACAGUUUCCCUAAUUUUCCUCAAGUAAGAAGAGGGUGAUUUGAAAUGGUAAUUUACUAUAAUCUAUGGCUCAUACAGCAUCUGCUGGGAGGCCACCAGAAGUAAGUGGAACACAGACAAGCACUGCCACACCUUCCCCUGCAAAUAAGUACGAGCCAAAUAUAUUGGAUGUGAGAUCAUUCUUGAGGCAGUUUCCCUGCCAUUUGUAACGCUCCCAUAUUAUUUGGAAUCGCAGAACCCUGCAAAUAGGCGAAGCUCUUCAGAUGCAAAUCGAGGUGCAGAAAAGGCUGCAUGAACAACUCGAGGUAAGGCCUCAUCACUUGAAUCAGACUCGUACGAUGUGACCUUUUAAUUCCAUAAAUCGAUUUCAAAAAGAAAGCUCGUGCAGAUGUUGAUUUCAUUCAGUGCAUGAUGAGAGUUGCUCGACAAGUGGCGUUUCAGGGAAAAUUAAUCUAUUAGAUUAUCUCCUUAUAUUCCACAAAGGAAAAAAUAUCUCGAGAGAUUAAGAGACCAUUAUGUGAGAAUCCAAAACAGUUAGAUAAUCAGAAGUCGCCGGUGUUUCUCUUCAUCCGUGGGUAGGCACAUAAUUUUUUAAGCUAUUUUUCUAGUGUCUUUGGAUCCUGUGUUCUUCCUGAAACAUGAAAAAAUUACAAUUUCCAAAAACAGUGAGGCAUGAGAUACUGUUUGAAGUUUUUUUCAUACCUGAUAUCUCUAGUCCAGAGUGAUGAAAAAGUAGACCUUCAGGAGAACAGCCUCUUCUCGGUCACUCUGUAGCCAUACUUGGCAGCAUUAUUUACAGGGUAUCAACUUCCCAUCUUCUGAUCGCGCUUUGCAUCCCCUGUCUCCUACCUGUGAUAGGACGUAGUCUACUCUUGAGCUCUGACUGCUCUAUCUGAAAAAGGAAUCAGCGGAUAUCUGACGGAAAUUAUGAACAUUCUCAAUACAUGAUUCCUUCAUGGAGUUGGAUUCCAUUUGAAAUCCAAAAAAUAUCCUACUAAUUCUAACUUUAAAAGGAUUUAACAUGCAGUCCUAUCGGUGGUUCUAAAAUCAGUAAAGGCCUUUGCAGGUUCAUGAUUCUCGCUGUCUGGUCUAAGCGGCACGGUGUCAUCUGCAAAUUGUACUUCUGUAAAUUUCAACCAAACCAGAUUUUUGUACACUUGACUGAGUGUUUCAUACACCAAUAUAAGAGCAUGUACAUGUGUCGUACAGAAGCCCCCUUCUCAGAGUCCUUGAGAUCUUCUGUAGGAAUUGGAGGGAUACCAUAUUAUAAAAAACCAUAUUGAGUCGAUCGCUUACAUUCCACAACUUUCCUGCAGCCUUCUUUUCUUGGUCCUGUGUCCUCCUAUUUCAUAGGAUAAAGUGCGUGCAUGUGUUCAAGGUGCUUGCCUCCUUUCCCUGGUCUACCACUGGGGCAAUAUGGGCCUGCUCAAUUGCAACCCAGAAAUCAGCCCAUACUCUCGUGUUUUGAUUCGGCUCAGAAAGACUGAGCCUGAGUGUUACAUCCUUCCCUCAAUACAUGUGAAACUUUAUACCAUGUAUUUGUACAUUUCUUAUCCCUGUUUGCCUCUCAGGUUUUUGACUCACAUUCUUUCCAAUCUAUCUUUCUCUAUCCUCUCUUCAUGUCACCUCAGGAAAAUAGCUUGAUUUUCAGAGAAACCAUAGACUCUCCCUCUUUUCCAAUAUACCACAGUAGGAACCCUCUCUAAUUUAUUCCCCAAUCCUACGAAGCAAGAAAAAAUAUCAAUCUAUUUCAAUUUCCAUAUUGCUGCACUGCCAUAUUUUGUCGAACCAAAUGUAAAUAAAUUCUCUAAGGCAAUAAAUCCCCGAGAUGUUAUCACUUCACGCGGUAAAACUCUCCUAAUAGUGGGUGUGGAUUAUAAUUAUUUUCUCCCCGUUUCGUUCCUCUGUCAGUUUUUCAAUUGCUAUUGGAACGAAACUAAAUGUUUCUUGUGACAAAAAUAGGUCCAAAGGCACUUACAGCUAAGGAUAGAGGCUCAGGGAAAGUACUUACAGUCCGUGCUUGAAAAGGCUCAGGAAACUCUGGGAAAGCAAAAUAUUGGUCCAGCCGGACUAGACGCAGCCAAAGCACAGCUCUCUGAAUUGGUCUCUGAAGUGUCGAAUGAAUGUAUAAAUUCUCAGAUUCCAGGACUAAGAGAAAUGGCAGUCUUCAGAGGUUUUCAAGCUCAAAGACACCAACUUGCAGAUUGCUCCAUGGACAGUUGCUUGACAUCAAGUGAAGGUGCUCAAAAGGAUCGAGAAAUGCAAAAUAUCAGGAUGAGGUUGGGAACCUACAAUGAUGAUUUUACAAUAUGCACAAACCACGAUGGACAGAAUGGGCUUGGUCACAUUCAACCUUCUUGGACUGAUACGCAGAAUGAAUGUAAAAAGUUGUCUUCAUCUGUAGGGAAAGAUGCAGGAAGGGCAAUGUUACCUUGGAAAGACGCUGGGGAUUUAUCCAUGGGCAUUACAAUUGAAAGACUUACAGAGAGUGACCGUGGGGUUACCGUUUAUAAUGUGAAAAAGAAAGAUAGAGAGGGAGAGAAGCUCUUCCAUGAAUCAAAAAUAAUGGCUUUCGAUCAAGACAGAGAGAAGCCCUCUGGAAGCUUUGGACAAGAAGAUAUAUCAGCAGAACUUGAUCUAAACACCCAAGAUAAAAGUGCUGAAGCUCCAAACUUCAAAAUGUUUGACUUGAAUGGUUUCAGCUGGAGCUGA